CAUCAGUAAUUGUUUGGGCUAUGAUGAUUUGUCAUUUUAAAAUAUUCAACUCAACUCUUCGUUGAAAUUUAUUAAGUAUAACCGCUGUUUUCAUAAAGAUGCCUGGAAAGACAAAAAUUAUCCCACCACCUCCUGCAAAUUCAUGUCAACCUGGAGUUGCGAGAUCUUUAUUGUAUAAUGGAUCAAAGUUUCAGGGUCAUCAAAAAAGUAAAGGCAAUUGUUAUGAUGUAGAAGUUGUUCUUCAACAUGUGGAUGAAGAAAAUGCUUAUCUUUGUGGUUAUUUAAAAAUUAAAGGUCUAACAGAAGAAUACCCAACCUUAACUACAUUCUUUGAUGGAGAAAUAAUUAGUAAAAAAUAUCCAUUUUUAACCCGCAAAUGGGAUGCUGAUGAAGAAGUGGAUAAGAAACAUUGGAAUAAAUUUCAUUCCUUUUAUCAAUAUGCCAAAUGCUUUAAUUCAGACAGUUUUGAUUAUGAUGAACUGAAGAAUACUGAUUAUGUUUUCAUGCGAUGGAAAGAACAUUUUCUAGUCCCUGAUCAUACAAUAAAAGACAUUAGUGGUGCAUCUUUUGCUGGAUUUUAUUAUAUAUGUUUCCAAAAAUCUACAUCAACCAUUGAAGGUUAUUAUUAUCACAGAAGCUCUGAAUGGUAUCAAUCUCUUACAUUAACUCAUGUACCAGAGCAUAGUAUACAGAUAUAUGAAUUCCGAUAGAUUUUGAUGUAUUGUGACGUUUCCAUCUGCUGAGUGUUGUGCAUUAUCAGCCAAAAAUUUUAUUGUAGAAUGUUUUCAUUAGAAACUUUGUAUAUAAAAUGAUUCAUGCUGAAAGCUGAAAAGUGAUAUUUAUAUUUUUUCUUCAGAAUUCAUGAACGCUAGUUAAAACUGAAGAAUGGCUUUUAAGUCAGCAUACGUAUUUCCAGUUAAUUUGACGUUCAAUUUUCAAUUAGUAUUUAUUUACUUCUGUUUUACAUGCUACAUAUUUAUGAAAUUGCUUUGUUUCACUUUAAGUAAAUAAUAAAAAAAUUUUCAAAAAAAUUGCGUUCGCUGGAUUGUUUAAAUAAGAAUUCUCUUUUAGGGGGCUAAAAAGAUAUCUGCAUUUAAUUUUGUGUAUUGAGAGCUUAGUUUGAACUAUUAGUGAUUAUAUUCUGUUAUGUUUCUGUAUUGGUUUUUGAAAUUAAUAGAUUUAUGGAAAUCUUAUAAAAAAUAAAAUUGUUGUUUGAAAUA